UUAGCCAACAUACAAAGAAAAUUUCACCGUGAUUGGACAUGUUACACACUGGUGAGCUUACCUCACCAAUGCAGAGCUGCUUUGCUUUCAUUUUCUUCGCGUUGCAGUGGAGGAAAUCCUGGCAGCACCUGAAGGCAACACUGCUGUGACGCUUCUCCUUUCCAGCGGUAACCAAGACGUCCUCAGGUACCAAGUGCAACAGAUACACCGUGAAGUUACAACAAAAAAACUUCCUUGCUUUAGAUUUGUUUUGUUUGGUACACCGUUAGAAAUGGAUUUUAACCGUUCUUCGUGCUGGAAUUCAAUUUCGGAGAAAGUUAAAGCACAUAUUCCUACCAUCGACUUUGACUUUUCAUCUUCAGAGGAAGACGACACUAUCGCCAUAUAUGAAAGCCCAGCUGCUCUUUCUCUCCAAGUUCCUGAGGACAGUUUUUCAGAAGAAGAUGCUGAACUAGAGGAGCUGUUGAAACCAGUGCCACAGACAUGCUCAGAUCAUCAAACUGUAGAAAGCAGUAUAUUAGCCUCUGAGGCCGAUCUUGAGCCAGGUGCUGGUGAGGACAAGUCUGAGGCACUGGAUAACAGAGUCAAGCUGGAGGCCUCUUUGAAACCAAACCUGGACAUCGCAAAAUCCUAUGAAGGUUGCCCUGUUCUCUCAUUUGCGAGGCUUGACCAGUGGGACUUGGAUGACGUCCUUAGAAAUCUCAAAGAGACCAAGCUGUCUCUGCAACAGCAUGUAACAGUGGCACCUGCGAAAACACAUGCCGGUAAUGACAUAAACCAGUCACAGGAGAAUAUAAUGGAGAAACUAGCUGCUUUCUGUAAGAAGCAGUCAGAGUCUGUGAAAAGUCCAGACUGUAUCAGAGAAAAUAAGAUGUCUAGCAGAUUGGUGGAAAAGAGGACAGCAGAUUUGCAGUUGAGCCACCAGGAACGUCCAGCUGUUUAUAUUUACUCACGUUGCCCUGAUCCAUCAGUCAAACCAGCGAAAACAUCCCCAAAUCUUUCAUCAGAGCCAGAGACGCCAGCCCAACACAACGACAAUCACCAGAAAAAUCCACCUGCAAAGAAAAACAAUUUAGAAGUGCACACUGGAUCGCAUAUGGGAGGCAGGGGGGUGACUGGAAAGAGCAUGUUGCUUCAGAAAAUAAGAGCGGUGAAUAGAAAUGUGAAUAAAUAUGCUGUUAAAUGUACACAUCGCGCAGAUCUGGGCGUGGAAGCAAACACAGAGGUUGAGUCAGAACAUCUGUGGGUAGAUGAACAGUCUGACCCUGAAAUGGAAAACCCACAAACUGACCUGGAAAGUUUAGUUAAAGAACCAAAACAGCACAGUGGCCAGCAGAGGUGGUGGUUUGAGAAGACGUUUCACCGUGAGGAAGCCCAGAAAAUUCUUAGGCAGCUGGAAGGACAUCGUCCAACCAAAUCUGUGGAUGAGAAGCAGCCAGCUGCUGAAAUGACUUGUGCUCUUUAUGAGUUUGAAGCACCUCAUCUAGAGUCAUUCAACUCACCGGCAGCAGGUACUGAAAGAAAGGGGUCCAUGCUGCUGAAGGUCAGCCUCUCCAGUCCUGGUGUGGUUGGAGAGAGAGGACACGGGAAGAGAAAACAUCCAGCUGCAACCAGAUCACACAUCUACAACACUUUAGUGGCAUGGUUUCUGUCUCUGGCUGGCCCAGAGCCACGCAACUGUGAGGACGAGGUUAGUGCAAAGGUCCCGUUUUGGGUUGCGGGAUUUCAGCAACUGUGGACAGAAGAUGGACUGGCUUUGCAUGUUUUAGUUGUGGCUCGUCACUGUUAUCCAGCAAGGAAACGAGACAAAGACAUCCAUGCGCCUUUCUACAGUGAUGUCUGCAGGUUCCUUUCUGAGACCUCGCUCACUGUAAUUGCCAGAUGGCUGCCUGAGCUUAAAAACCUGUUGGACCAGCAGCCCUAUACCUCACCCAUCCACCUCCCUUCAUCCUGUUUAAAUUGUUUUAUUUCUGCCAUCUCCAACCAAACGGUGAUAGAGAGGACAUUUGGUCUAAGUCCAGGGUUGUACUGGCAGACUGUGAAAACUCAGGAUCGUGUUUUUAAGGGGAAAGAGACCACACAGGAGCUGCACACAGGGGUGUCAGUUGUUCUGGGGUCCAGUGGCUUCUUUCAACAUCCUCUCAUAACACACUACACCCUCCAGCUGGUCCUUGACUCAGGACUGGAUGUGUGUGGUCUGCGGCUGCUUUACCCACCACAGGGGCUCCUGACAGAGCAUUAUGGUACACCAGUUUACCAGAAAGCUGAUGAGCCCUGCCAUCCUGUUGUUGCUCUAGCAGUCCGGGGUCCUUAUGCCCACUCCUUGUUGAAGGACAUAACUACUUCCUUAGAUUCUCUGCUAUCCAAAAAGGCAAACAACACUUCCAGCGAACAUCUGCGCUGCCGAUAUCAAGAGCCGCCAUUCAUCCAUUUCCCCCAGCUGGCCAGUCAGGUCCACAGCGAGCUGUGCCUGUGGUUUUCAGGAAGACUUCAGGGAGGAAGUGCACAGAAUCACAGCGGAAUUGUGCCUUCUGAUGACGUAGUUGGAAGCAGCCCAUUCAAGUCAAGCACAUCACCCUCUUUUCUGUGCGCUACAACUAAAGCUGACUUCCUCCUCUUGGUGUCGCCCGUUGUUCCUCCGUGCUGCUAUGUCCAAGUGUUGGCUGUGUGUGAACGCAGAGGCUUCAGUUUUAGGGGGCUGCAGAGGCUGCAGCUUCAGAGCUAUGGAGCCACCCUCCUGGGUCUCACCAGCUACCAGACAUCUGUGUUCUGCGGUCCACCUGCUUCCGCCCUGGAUCGGGAGGAGCUACAGCUGCCCUCUCACUGUCUCGUGUUACUGCUGAGGAAAGAAAAUGCAUUGCGUCACAGUGUCAAUCUACCAUCAGCUCUAAUGAGAGAAUUUAAAGCUCAAAAGCUUCUGGGUUACAUCCACUCAGCGAAUGAUGGUGUUCACACAUUAGAGCCAAGCCUGUGUUUCCACACUGUACCGUACAACAACAACUUGUUCCAAAACUUUGUUAAGUGCAUGUGGGCAGUGCCAGAUCCCGCAAGUGUGAUCCUGUCUCAUCACAGGUGUCCAUCCACACCUGACAUGGAGCAGGUAGUGGUUUUGACUCUGUGUGGGAAGGACUUGACCCAAGGCCUGAGCCUCCUACACAGAGUGCUGAUAGCUGCAGAAGGUGAUGAACAACAGGCUGGAUUUAGGCUCCUCAGCCUGAAGUGGCUGCCUGCGCUGACUCGACUUCAGGCCCAGGAACUGAGCCCUUAUGAGGUGGGAGACCAGCUCUGCUACAACAGCGUGGAAACUCUGAUGUCCUCUCCUGCCCUAGUGUGCGCUUUGAGAGGGUUUCAUGUUUUUUCUUCAUUGAGGAAGCUCCUGUUAGACGACUCUCUGCAAAGCCUGAGCAUCCUCAUGUCUCCCACACCUGAAGUGGCCCUCAGACAAACCUCCCUUUUCUUCUUUAAGCAUGAAAUGAUCCCUGAUCCACAGACGCUGCUCACCGUGUGCCUGUUCAGACCUCGAGUCUGGAAUCACAGUCUGGCUAAAAUAGUCCACAAACUCCAGCAGAGUGGCCUCACGUUGGUGGGCCUGCGGGUAGUGACCCUUGACAAAAGUGAUGCUACUUCACUGCUGCCUGCAGAGAGUGUGCACAACCUGUGCUCUGGCCCCUCGCUGGCUCUCUGCCUUCAGGGAGAAAAUGCUGUGAAGAGGCUGCUGGACAUGCUGAGCCAAGAGGACUCUUUGAUGUGGAUGACCUGUUAUGGUUCAGGAUCGUAUCAGCAAGCAGUUAUGGAUGUGAGGAGGUUUUUUCCUGAGGGAAUCUGCUGUCCUGAGACCAGCACAAUGAGACAGGAGCAGAUACUCAGCUUGUGUUCAGACCCUUUCGCCUCCAUGGAGCAUAAACAGAGCUGCACGCUGACUCAUGUGACUCAGGAAAGUCUAUCAGUGUCCACUGCGUCACAGCCAAAUGGAGGGUUCCUGAUACACAGGCAGACAACCUGUCUGCUGAUACCCUUGAAUGCUCGACCACGCAGCCAAGUACCUUCCCAGCUGGAGAUAGUGGACCAGGUGCUGAGGUCAGACUGCCACCUGGUGGCGGGAAGGAUGAGCAUCUUGGACGAUGAGCAGCGAAGACAUAUAGCCAAGACUCUUAAAGUGUCAAGUGUAAGGGAGAAGAAGAUGGCUUAUUUUUACCUGACCCCUUGUCUCCUCAUGGCUCUCCAAGGAGAAAAUAUUGUGACAGGCUUUAGUCUGAUCCUUAAAAGGAUUUAUGAGGAGAGGUCAGACCUGGAACAAGUAGGAAAAAGGAUCAUAUAUCCAGAAAGUGAAAAAGAGGCCACACAGCUGAUAUUAUACCUAUUUGAAAGCUUGUCUUCUGAGUGCUGUGAUGCCAUUGUGCAAUAGAAGUCCAAAUAUAUGCACACAUAUAUUAUUGUUUGCAUUUUCCUAACAACUCGGCUCCAGAAAUUGCAUACAAGUUCAUAGUUUUCACUUGUUUCAGGUUUUUGAUGUUCUUCA